AUGCAUCAACUCCCCUUCCAGCUCAACAAUCCUGAUCUGCUGCACUUCGACUCGUUUGUCGGCAAUGCCUGGGUGACCGCGCAGUCAGGCGAGCGAUUUGACGUCGUCGACCCGGGUACCGACCUCCCCUGGGCCAGCUGUCCCACCAACUCCGCCACCGACGUCGACGCCGCCGUGCGGAACGCCCACGCAGCCUUCCAGGACUUCCGCCACGUAAGUGCGCGCCAGCGCGCACAGUGGCUGUUAGCCUGGGAUGCGCUCAUCCGAGCCGCCAGGGACGACUUAGCGCAGAUCAUCACGCACGAGACGGGCAAGCCACUGGCCGAGGCACGCGGCGAGAUCGACUAUGCAACCAGCUUCACAUGGUGGUUCGCCGGCGAGGCGGAGCGCAUCCAUGGUAACGUCAGUGUGGCGGCCGUACCUGACCGGCGAGUCUUCACCCUGAAGCAGCCUAUCGGCGUAGCCGCCGCCCUGGUACCAUGGAACUUCCCUGUGGCCAUGGUACUCCGCAAGGCGAGUGCCGCGCUUGCCGCCGGCUGCACCAUGGUGGUCAAGCCGAGUCCCGAGUCGCCCGUAUCGGCCCUUGUGUUGGCAGAACUGGCGCGUCAGGCCGGGUUCCCUGCGGGAGUGCUGAACGUGUUGACGACGGAUCUGGUGCAGACGCCGGCGCUCAGCGAGGCGUUGUGCAGACAUCCGCUCGUGCGCAAGGUCUCCUUCACCGGGUCGACGCACGUGGGGAAGCUGAUCGCGCGACACUGCGCCGACGGGCUGAAGAAGUUGACGUUGGAGCUGGGCGGUAAUUGUCCAUUCGUAGUGUUCGACGAUGCCAACCUGUCCCGGGCGCUGGACCAGCUCAUGGCGCUGAAGUGGCGCCAUGCCGGUGUGUACGAGCGGUUUGCGGAACUGCUUACGGAGCGCACCCGGGCGCUGGUGGUCGGCCACGGUGCGCAGGCCACCACCACGAUGGGGCCGCUGACCACGCGGCGCGGGCUGGACAAAGCGCAGGGGCAGGUGGACGAUGCGCGACAGCGCGGGGCGCAGGUGCGACUGGGCGGACAUCGUCUGGAGGGAAAACAGGGGUACUUUUUCGCCCCGACAAUCCUAAUGGACAUGACGGCGGAGAUGCGGGUAUCGCAGGAGGAGUCAUUCGCACCCCUUGCAGCGCUGUAUAGGUUCGAGACAGAGGCGGAGGCGGUGCGGCUGGCUAACAACACCAGCAUGGGACUGGCCAGCUACGUGUUCACGCAGGACGUCGAUCGCAUCUGGCGACUGUUCGAACAAUUGGAGGCGGGCAUGGUGGGCCUGAACACGGGCAACUCGUCGGCGGCAGAAUCGCCCUUUGGUGGGAUCAAGGAUUCGGGGUACGGCAAGGAGAGCGGACGGGGGGUGGCGGUGGACGAGUAUCUAGUGACGAAAACGGGGACAUUGACGGUGGGCUUGUAA